UUUUGUCAGAAGAUAUGAUUGCCAUCGUUGUGUAUUGAUUUGUGUGUGAGACCGGCUGACCCCGGGACAGCCAGGGCAUGUUUCAGGCUGCUGCUCUCUGGCGUACCAUGGUGACACAGAUGAAACAUCUUGUUUUUUAGGCCUGAAGUUGUACAUACUGUUAGAUCAAUUACUUUUUGUCUAUGUGUUAGUCAUGGACUAAGGUGGUUGGUCCCAGAUAGAUAAUCGGACCUGAGUUUUGGUGCCUUCCCACUACCUUUGGGCUGUUUUCCACGCUCUGUUUCCUCAAUGCUUAGAGCCGUUCAAAGAAGACUUCAGACACCAUCGCAUCAAAUACACCCUUUAGGACUGUAAUAGCAUCUGAUUUCUUUACCAUGAGUCUGAUGUCUUGACCUUUAAUCAUUUGUGAACAAAAGUAAAUUACUGACAACUGAGAGAUGGUAGCAUGUACCUUUCAAUCAUACUUUGGUGGUGAAUAUUUUGUUAUCUGCUUAACUUUUUUUUUGGGAAAGUGUUUUUUGGAAACUAUGGGUUUGUCAAUUAACACUUUCCAAAGGUGUACAAGUUGUAGAAGUAAGGAGAAGUAACCCCUAUACGUUCUAUUUCAGUUUUUAAACCAUAUAACUUAUUAAAAGGCAGUAGCUAAUAGGUUCGUUCCAACGCUGUUCUAGCCAGGCUAAAUACCAGUAGUCUAGUGCUCAGACAAAAUCGCACAGCAGCUUCUUGUUUCUUGGAAAUCGGCUAUCAUUAGCAAUCCAUCACGAUAUAGUGACAUUAGGUGUGAAAUGUGGCUUCGGUCCUACUGGCAAACUUGAUUACAGCUCAGCUUGAUCCCCAGUGGGUGUAAUUCUCAGAGUAAAUAGGUCAAGGGUUGGGAAAAUAAAUGUUUUUACAAAAAAAUGAUGUUGUUUCUACAUUUGUGGGCUGUUGAAAUGCUUCCCCGCCCUCUGGAAGUUAACAUACUUUAGGGUAUUUUAGUAGAUUACUUCUAGAGAUAUUUUGACAUCGGCCCAGGAAUUUCCUUUUUUUUCCAGAUUCACUUACAGUAGGAGUUAAAUCUUCUAGUGGCCUGUGCCGGCAGGAAGUACAGGCCAAUGGCAGUCGGUCUUAUUAGUCUGCCCAUUGAAAACAUAAACACAAGCCUACAUUACAUUUUUAAUUAGUCUUAUUCUGCAGUAUCAAUGUUUAUUUCCCUAUGAAAAAAACUGAACGUAUUUUCACCCUGAAAACAAGUGGUGGGGGUGUUUCAGUGUGCUACCUACAGUUUGGAUGAUAGUUCCCGGAAAAAAAAAGACAUUGUGUAUUUGCUACAGCUCAACUACCCUGACAGAGGGCGUCGGAGUAUCUCCUCUUAUUGUGACGUAAAGCAUUUCUUUAUAUUUGCAACGCGGCAAAGUGUGGAUUCGUUCCAACAGGCCCGACUAGAUAGUGACGAGGACGCGGAGCAGCUCAGCCUGCUCUCAAAUGCCUCCACUACCAAACUCAUGUCUCUUCACUCCUGAAACAUUAGUCUUCCUUCAGGCUCUUCUGUGUUCACUUUCCUUGGUACUACUCUUGUCAUGGUUAUUUCGACGAUUUAAGUUCAAACAGCGUGGGAGCGAAAAAAGGGGUGAAGACUUUGUGGACCAUGCCUUAGUUCAACAUACUGAGGAGACCUGCACUUGCAACUGCCUACAACACUGCUGUGAUAUAGCUAAGACUCUCAUGCGAAACAGUGAAGACAGUGGACAGGAACAUUAUCUGUGCAAUUUACACCUCCUGCAGUCCGAGGACCCACACACCUCUGGUUCGCUCAGUGAUCGGAACAAGUCAGGACUUCACAAAUGCGACUGGAAGAGGGAAGGGAACUGGAAAGAACAUACUGAGGAGACCUGCACUUGCAACUGCCUACAACACUGCUGUGAUAUAGCUAGUGAUAUAGACAGUGGACAGGAACAUUAUCUCUGCAAUUUACACGUUCUGCAGUCCGAUGAUUAUUAUUCAGGUGGAAAAACUAGCUGGAAAAUCAUUCAAGACAGUGAAACACUUCCUCCAGCUGCUGAUCGGGAUUUCCCCUCUGAGAGGAGUGGCGAGGACAGCGUUCUGAGGAGGCUUGUGUGGAAGGUAUGGAGAUUCAUCCUCCAAAUCCCUUACACCAUAACUGGGAUGUUUCUGUGGAUGGUGUGGAGAUUCAUCCUCCAAGUCCUUUACAUCAUGACUGGGAUGUUUCUGUGGAGAAUGUUGAGCCGUAGCUCUCACACUGACAGUGAUGGACUAUCAAGGGAUCCCUCUAGAUCAGUGACCCGACCAAAGAACUGUGUUAGAACCCCAGGUGCUGUUCAGGCAGUACUCGGGGCAGUGCCUGAUCACAAACCCGCCAGUGUAAUUGAGGAGAACUACGGAGGCCUGCAAAGCAAAAGCUCAAUAGAGAUGAACUUAAGACAGAAGCAUCUGGAGUACCUUUUGGGGGCAUUCACAGUCUCCAAACAGUCCAUGAAACUGUUACCCUCUAAACCGUCCAGUCCUCCGUGGCUUUGGAGAUCGUUAGAGGACACAGAAGAGAAUCUGACUGGGGCAGAAACACCUUUCCUUAGCCAAGAAACCAGAGCCAAGUUGGAGUUCAACAUAAAAAACAAGAUCGUGCAACGGCUUUUGGGUCUCCCUGCGGUCGUGCAGCAUUCACUGGACACCUUUAUUCCCGAGGCCCCGGAGCUCAAGGUGAGCAAAGCGCUUCCAAAGCCACAGUGUGAUGUUCAGGUGAUGACCUGUGACGCCCCCCUCCUGACUGUGGAGCAGAAGUGUAAACUGAUGAGUUGUGUGAGCCAAAAACAGGAUCUCAAGACCCAAGGUUACCCUGAGAUUGUGAUGGAGUCACUCGAACCAUUUGACAUGCCUGCAUCCAUGGCAGAAGAGCUGAGGCAGAGAGACAUGACUGACCAGGCAAAGGACACAACUGACCAGGCAAAGGACACAACUGAGUCGACUCCUGCAAAGCACAAGAAGGAACGACGUAGAUCUUUAUUGAGUCAACUAAAGCGGCAUUUAAAGAAACAGCCACAAAAAGAGUGACACCCCUCUCAGCAUUUGACUGUGUAUUACAGUUUUUCUCGAUUGUUUAAGCACGAUUUUGAUGGUUUUGUUUUGUUUUUCAAAACACUACACACAA